AUGAUUACCAUUCAAGCUCUAGGAGUCAUGGGUGAUGAAUACGAGCAAUUAGGGCCGGUCGAGGCAGCUCCACCUCCUCCAGGAGGUGGUGAGAUUCCACCACCUCCGCCACCGCCACCACCACCGCCGCCGCCUCCGCCACCUCCGCCACCGCCGCCGCCGAGAUCGCAUACGCCUGCGUCACAUCCUGAGCCUGACAGAAAAAGAGAUAGACGAAAGGAGGAGAAAGGAGGUAGACAUGACAGAAGGGGAAGUGAAAGUCACGGUAAAACAUCUAGUAGCACAAAAAGAAGAGAUGAAGAACUUUCUGGAGCAGAAAUGGAGCCUCCUCCAAAGGCGGAGAGUCAGGGUUUUUGCACCAAGACAGUUAUGAUCUGCACUUGCUUUACUGUCGUCAUCCUCAUCGUAAUAGUUGUUGCCAUAAUAGUUCUGCUGCACAUUUCAAAAACAGUGGAUUUUAUUCCCGGUCUUGGUGAAGCAGCCAAUAAGAUCUUGUGA